AUGGAAGCAAACGAAGUAUCAAGUAUUACGGAAAGUAACAAAGAGUAUUUUAAUAAAGAUGCAUCAACGUACGAUACACAUCCUACCCGUGUUCUUUGUGCAAAGAAAUGCGCAGAAGCAAUUUUGAAAGAGAUUAAAGAUCCCGAAGGGUAUGAAGUUAUGGAUUUUGCUUGCGGAACUGUGGAUUUGUCGCAAAAUAUGGUGGAUGAAUAUAAUAAAAAGGUUUCGCAACAAGGAAUUGAUAAAGAAGAGAUGCAGGCAAUUUGUUUAGAGCUAAAAGAAUCUGAAGGUGACCAAUUAAAUGGGCGAAAAUUCGAUCUUGUUGUGUGUGCGUCAGCGUAUCAUCAUAUUGACGACGUUGAAUCGGUAACAAGAGUACUAGCAAGUUACCUUAAACAAGGUGGAGAAUUAAUUGUUCUAGAUUUAAAAAAACAACCGGAACAUUCACAUAUGUUUCAUGGGGGAGGUAAGGACCAUAUGUUUCAUUCGGAAAAUAGGGACCAUAUCUUAUCUCACAAGGGCGGAUUUUUUCCUGAAGAAUUAGAAAAAAUAUUUCUUGCAACUGGUAUGCUUGAGAAUGUUAGCUCAAAAGUUGCAUUUAAUUUGUCAAAAAAAAUCGAAAAAGAUGAACAUACGUUUGAGUGGCUUUUGGUGAAAGGGAAGAAAAUUUAA